AUGAAUCCAGAUUAUUGGAAGGAAGAGGAUGAGGAGAAGACCAUCGGCUGGCGUGACCGUCAUCGAAGUAGCGACAAUGAGCCAAUUCGUGGUUCUGUACAGAAAGCCACUGAUCCUGCCUAUGACCCAGCCACGGGGAGCGUCAAGCCUAUUGGGACUCUCGGACCCUAUCAAGCUGCCGUGAUCUUUGUCACAAAUGAAAUCGGCAUUGGAAUCCUCAGCUUGCCUGCAGCACUUCAGGUGCUAGGCUUGAUACCUGGUGUGAUCGCCAUCGUGGGCAUGGGAUCUCUAUCUCUUUACACGGCCUACAUCCUGGUACAGUUUUAUCGAAGAUACCCUCAUGUCGUCAACAUGGUCGAUUUCGGUCGAGUGCUCGGGGGACGCCCUUUGGAGUUUGUCUUUGCUGUGGGUUUCACCAUCAACCUAGCCUUGAUCUGCGCUUCGGCUAUCAUAACAAUCUCGAUUGGGCUCAACACCAUCACUGAGCAUGCCAUGUGCACUGUCGCCUUUAUCGCAUUCCCAGCAAUCCUCUGCUUCUUGCUCUGCGUGCCAAGAACAAUGAAGUUUGUCUCCUACUGUGGAUGGCCCUGCACAGUCUCAAUUGUCACGGCAGUCCUCAUUCCAAUGAUCGCUCUGGGAAUUGGUGGACCAGCAAACGUGCCAGAUGGCGAAGAGGUCACCUUCAAGAUUGUCGGAGAUCCCUCCUUCUCCGAGGCUGUCUCUGCAUUCCUCAACAUCGGCUUUGCAUUCAGUGGUAAUCAGGCCUUUGUAACUGUUUUGGCAGAAAUGAGAGAUCCCGCCCGAGAUUUCACAAAGGCCAUUUGCAUUGAGAAGAUAUUUGCCAUCAUCAUGUACAGCACUGUUGCUAUUGUCUGUUAUGUCUUCGCGGGUGACUACGUACAGUCGCCUGCAAUUGGUUCUGCCCCUGUUACCAUCGCCAAAAUAUCGUAUGGGAUCAUAUUUGUCUCCCUGUUCGGUACCGGCCUAGUCUUUGGACAUACCGUCAUCAAGUAUCUUUUCGUCUUCACCAUGCGCCAUCUAGCAUUUGUGGCCAAACGCCGAGGACGUGCUCCUUCAGUCGAAGCCAAUGCGAUGAAAAGGCGGCAAUCCCAGCCUCACGACUCCAGAUCCCAGACGUCAUGGAUCGUCUGGAUUGCGAUAGGCGCUGGUUACUGGAUUUUGGUAUUCAUCAUCGCUAAUGCCAUUCCAGUAUUUGAUUCUCUGCUCAACAUCUCUGCCUCACUUCUAUUGGCGUGGUUCACCUGGGGUCUUCCCUCCGUUUUCUGGAUCCACCUUAACUGGAACCACCUGUUCGACGGCUGGAAGAAGACUGCCCUGUUCUGCUUCAACAUUUUCAUUCUUGGAGUCACAUUAUUCAUGAACACCGCCGGGAUGUAUGCUUCGAUUGACAGUCUGCUUUCCACCUUCGCCGAUCCUGACAAUAACGUGGACGGGCCUUUCACGUGCGGAGAUAACAGCAUCUUUUAGGCACGCCAGACACUCCCAUACAUCCAUCGAGUGACCAUAAUUUCGCUUUGAAGUAGGAAGCACCAGGAGAGGAGUUCAUUCAACGUUAACACUGCAGAAUGCGCGCAAUUAUAUACCCAAAGCAACACUUUCUUUCCAAGACCACAGGCGACACUUCAGGAGUUAAUCCAGGCGCGACAAAUUGUACCAGAGCAACAUCAAUCCUUCAAAAAUCAGCAUGACAAGAGUAUAGACAUGGCUACGAGUACGGUG